UAAACCUCACACAUCUGAAUCCAAGGAGUCUGAAAAAAAAAAUUUCAACUCCGAUUGCAGGCUGUGGCUUUAUCUUGUCAUUGCCCUGAAUAGAAAAAAUGUCAUCGAGAUCGGCUGCUGGCAUCAUAACCGCACGAUGCAUGGACUAUGAUGACGUCGCAUGGGCAAAGUGCGAUGAAAUGUUUGGAGUAUGGAGAGGCCGACUUUUUGAACAGGAGGUGCUGCGCGAUAUAGGACGGUUCAUCGACAAGUAUAGGGGCGGUGUUCCCGACGAGCUCUUUGCUCCCAGGCGAGGGGCGUUUAACGCUUGGCUUAGAAUGCAGUUCAGCGACGGGGGUUCGACGGUCAUCCGAUUUCCAUGUCCCGGGGCGUCAAUGUUCCCCGAAGAAAAGGUCAAGCGAGAAGUGGCGGUGAUGCAGUUUCUCGAAUAUUUCACCUCUUUGCGGGUCCCUCAUAAGAAGGAGGAAUGGGGGAGGAGAGAGGAGAAAGAGGAGAAAGAGAAGGCGGAAACGCCUCUGUCCGAUAAGUGA